AUGGCACCUCGCUACGGAGCCCUCGGCGCUACUUUCCAACUGGCGCGCAUUUUCCAAACAUGUUCGCUCAUUGCAAUCAUCGGCAUGACUGCCAAAUUCAUCUCAUCAAUUGUCAACGAUGACAAGACCCCACCUAACAUUCUCAUUGGAGUCAUCAGUGUGACUUGCAUCGCCGUCAUUUACUGCAUUAUUACCGGCAUCCUGUUCUUCGAUGACAUCCUUCCAUUCCUUCCCUGCGCCAUCUUGGACCUCCUUCUACUCAUCGCACUUAUUGUCGUGGCUGUGAUCAUGGGCAAGCCCCUCUCAUAUCUGAAGUGCGCUUCGCUAUCCUCGCUGAACUUCAAGGAUGCGACUACAUACGCCUUUACGUCGCACCUAUCCAGCAUUGAGGCGAGCAUUACCGGAAAAAUCGAUUUCGGCUCGUGGAUUGGAGCUUCGAAGACUAUCUGUUUGGAGACAAAGGCGAUUUGGGGCCUGGGCAUUGCCUUGUGUAUCCUGUUCUUCUUUUCGGUCAUUUGCAAUAUUUGCCUCUGGCGCCAGAAGAAGGCUAAGAUUGACGCGGAGAAGUAA